GCACCUGGCAAGCCUGCAGAUGAACAGCUGCUGGCUGCAAAUAUUAAAGCACAUUUAGUGGGGUGCUUUCUUUUUUGUGGCACAUCAUCUAACCAGGUAAAUGGAGUCGUUAUCAAAAGUGGAUGAUUCAGUUUCUACACCGCCGCCUUUCUUCCUACCAGGAGUUGGCUGCUCCACUCAAACACACUCCCCUCUACCUGGUACAUGCUUACUUAAACACUGCCUCCAUUUUGAAUACAUCCCCACUAUCUUCUGUUUAGGGUCAGAUCCCCCUCCACCUACCCCAAGGCUGACAUUUGUAAACUAUGAGACCACGCUGUAUCGCUCACCAGCUCUGACAACAUGCCAUUCCUGUCAGACUCAGGUCACCACGCAGGUCACCUACCGAGCAGGGACCUAUGCGUGGCUCAUGUGCCUUGUGUUUUUGUUUUGCGGGUUGUUGUGUGGAUGCUGUCUGAUUCCAUUUUUUAUAAAGUGCUUCAAGGAUGUCUAUCACACUUGCCCUCGCUGUCGAAUGGUUCUUUAUGUACACAGGCGAACAUGCUGUGAAUGAAGGAACUCAGAUUUAACCACUGCAGCCCCCAACAGAAGUUUGACCGCUGGACAAAAAUGCAUGUUUAUCAAAGUCAAUCAGGAUAACAUAGAUUUGUUUCAAUGUAUAAUAUAUGUAAGGAGAUGUCAACAGAAUUAGAAUGUAUAAAAUUUAAAUUGUUUUGUAAAAAUCAAAUAAAUUUUCUGUGCCACUGAGUGAAUGGGAAAGUGUGUCUGAAGUUUUGACUGUCAGUGCACAAAGUGUGUACAUUUUGCUCCAAAUAAAAUACAGUACCUGCGUUUA